GACACACACCGUAUCGAACGAUCAGACCAUCAUGGCAUCCUUCCACACCCUCCCUUCGUCAUCAUGGGCUGAUGACGACGACUUCGAAGUGCCUGCACCUGCUUCCACUCCCGCGGUCGCUCCCAUUCGCGAAGCCGCGAUCCCCCGUGAAGAAGCGCCUCGUCAAGCGUCGCCUUCCCGUGGACAACGCCACCACGACGACCACCACGACACAGGUUAUGGUGCCGGGCGUGGCCGUCGCAACAGCGGCGACAACUUUGAAAAGCGCGAAAAGCUGCCCGUGCCCGACUACGGCCCGUUCAAGAGUUACGUGGGCAAUUUGCCGUACUCUGUUCAAGAAGACGACCUCGCCGACUUCUUUGCCGGGUGUGCCAUCAAGGAAAUUCGUAUCCCUAUCGACUACAACACGAACCGCCCCAAGGGGUUUGCGUACGUAGAGUUUGAGGACCGCAACUCGUUGGUGCACGCGCUCGAAUUCGACGGCCAGACCGUCAACCAACGCGCGAUCCGCGUCGAUGUCGCCGGUGAAAGGAAAGGGGGACGCCAAGACAACGGCUUCUUUCAAAAGCGUGACGGCGGAGGCGGCGACCGCUACGCCCGCGAAGACCGUGGCGGCGACCGCUACAACAACCGCGACCAGCGAGACGACCGCGGGUCCCAGCGCAGCGACGGCAACUGGGGUGCCGACCGCCGACCCAGGGAUGACCACCACCACCACCAUGACCGCCGCGCUCCUCGUGAAGACACUGAAAUCGACGCGCAUACCACGUCCACCGGCCCCGCUGAGCGCCCCAAGCUGUCACUCAAGCCCCGCACCAAGUCGAAAGAAGAUGUGGCCCAAGCGACCCGAUCGGCCAACGUGUUUGGCGACGCCAAGCCUCGCGAUGAACGCAAUGUCAAGCCGGUGGCGGAUCGACCGGCUGCCCGCCAUGACUCGAGUGACCGACCCCAGAGGGACGGACCUGGUGGCCGCGGAGGACGUGGAGGCCGUGGGGACCGCGUCGAAGGCGCCGGUGGACGUGGAGACAAGGGCGGCCGAGGCGGUGGUGGCGGUGACGUCAGCAAGCCGACCCGAUCGGACGGAGACUGGGGUCGUGGCGGAGCUGCUUCUGCCGCUGCCGCCGCCGUGGUGGAAAAGAAAGUCAAGAAGCCCAAGGCCGACAAGGACUUGACCAAGACGGCAGUGUUCAAGCCGGCGGCCGUGGCCACCAAAGUGGUCAACGCGUACUCGGUGUUUAACAACGACUCGGACUCGGAUUAGGAGCUCUCUCAUUAGGAUGAUCAUGGAGUGGUGGUGUGUUUAUAUGAAUACAUGUUUACACCUUGUGUUUUGCAGCAAAUACGACCGUGCUUCGUUACAUGGUCAUGGUGAACUCGCAUCCUCCAAAACCCACGUGGAUGGGUUUGGCAAAGUCCAGCCGCACCGGCACUCGCGCUUUCAGGUUGCGGCCGUUGAGCUUGGU